UGUUAAUUUGGUUUUAAAUGAUGACUACAGAUACACAAUACAGCAUAUCUCAGAUCUGACCUCAGCAGCUAGUGUUUUGCUUCAGUUCUCAACAGGAAAGCAGUUUUGCCUUAAAAAGGCAAAUGUGUGCUUCUGUGCAGCAUAUGUUUUAAGUUGGGCCUGCUUUCCAUUAAAGUUGUGUUGCAAAUGGCUUCAUUUCCCGACUCCGAUCUGCAGACAUGUCCACUUUGCAAGGAACUGUGCGGGUCUUCUGCUCCGAUCUCCUCCAACUCUUCUACCUCAUCGUCCUCAUCUCAGACCUCCAGCUCCUCUACCUCAUCCGCCCGGCGGCUCCACGUCCUGCCCUGCCUCCACGCCUUCUGCAGGCAGUGCCUGGAGGGGCAGCGAAACCCAGGGGACCCGUCCAAGCUCCGCUGCCCGACAUGUGACCAAAAAGUCUCCAUCUCCGAGUCCGGGGUGGACUCCCUGCCCUCGUCCAACUUCCUCUUCAGCAACCUGUUGGACGUGGUGGUGUCCUCGGAGGAGCAGAGCAAGAACGGCUGCAGGAGUGGCGGUGGCGGGGGCUACCCCCACCCGCACGGGGGCCUCCACCGGCCACACCGCCUGGGGGACCCCCACUGCAGUUCCUGCGACGAAGGCAACCCCGCUACCUCGCACUGCCUGGACUGCCAGGAGUACCUCUGCAACAACUGCGUCCGCGCCCACCAGCGGGUCCGGCUGACCAAAGACCACUUCAUCGAGCGGCUGGCGGAGAACCUGCACCUGGGGGGCCGCACCGCCGGCUCCGGCACCCCCAUCACGCUGUCCCAGUCCUUCCACUCCAGCUACCCGCUGCUGCCCAUCUUCCAGGACAGGAUGAGCUUCUGCCAGCACCAUGACAAUGAGGUGUUCCGCUUCUUCUGCGAUACCUGCUCCGUGCCCAUCUGCCGGGAGUGCAGCAUGGGGCGGCACAUGGGCCACAGCUUCAGCUACCUCCAGGACGCCGUGCAGGACUCCCGCGCCGUCACCAUUCAGCUGCUGGCCGACGCUCAGCAAGGCAGGCAGGCCGUGCAGCUGAGCAUGGAGAAAGUCCAGGCCAUCGCUGAGCAGGUGGAGAUCAAGGCCCAGGUGGUGCAGACCGAGGUGAAGGCCGUCGCCCUGAGGCACAAGAAGGCCCUGGAGGAGCGUGAGUGUGAGCUGCUGUGGAAGGUAGAGAAGAUCCGGCAGGUGAAGGCCAACUCUCUCUACCUGCAGGUGGAGAAGCUCCACCAGAACCUGAGCAAGCUGGACAGCACCAUUGCGGCGGUGCAGCAGGUGCUGGAGGAGGGCCGCAACAUGGACAUCCUGCUGGCCCGAGAGCGCAUGCUCACCCAGAUCCAGGAGCUGAAGGCCCUGCGGGGAGUCCUGCAGCCGCAGGAGGACGACCGCAUCAUGUUCACCCCGCCGGACCAGGCGCUCUUCAUCGCCAUCAAGUCCAUGGGCCUCAUCAGCAGCGGCGCCUUCGCCCCCGUCACCAAGGCCGCCGGAGAGGGCCUGAAGGGGGCGCUGAAGGGCAAGGUGGCCUCCUUCACCGUGGCGGGCUACGACCACGAUGGUGAGCCCCGGCUGUCCGGCGGCGACGGCGUCACGGCGGUGGUGAUGGCUGCCGACGGCAACCUGUCGGCAGCCGACGUGCUGGACCACCAGAAUGGCACGUACACCGUCAGCUACCUGCCCAAGAUGGAGGGGGAGCACCUCAUCUCGGUGUUCAUCUGCAACCAGCACAUCGAGGGAAGCCCCUUCAAGGUGCUCGUCAAGUCCGGCCGCAGCUACGGGGGCGUCGGCAUGCCCAUGGCGUCUUUCGGAGGGGAGGGGGAAGGGGACGGGCAGCUGUGCCGGCCCUGGGGCAUAUGUGUAGACAAGGAGGGCUACGUAGUGGUGGCCGACCGGAGCAACAACCGUGUGCAGAUCUUCAAGCCCUGUGGGGCCUUCCACCACAAGUUCGGCACCCUGGGCUCCCGUUCCGGGCAGUUUGACCGGCCGGCCGGCGUGGCCUGCGACAGCCAGAGGAGAAUCAUUGUGGCUGACAAGGACAAUCACCGCAUCCAGAUCUUUACCUUCGAGGGCCAGUUCCUGCUGAAGUUCGGGGAGAAGGGAAGCAAGAAUGGCCAGUUCAACUACCCCUGGGACGUCGCUGUCAACUCGGAGGGCAAGAUCCUGGUCUCAGACACCCGCAAUCACCGCAUCCAGCUCUUCGGGCCGGACGGGGUGUUCCUGAACAAGUACGGCUUCGAGGGCGCCCUCUGGAAGCAUUUCGACUCGCCCAGGGGCGUGGCCUUCAACCACGAGGGGCACCUGGUGGUGACGGACUUCAACAAUCACCGACUGCUGGUCAUCCGGCCCGACUGCCAGUCGGCCCGCUUCCUGGGGUCGGAGGGCACGGGGAACGGGCAGUUCCUCCGCCCGCAGGGUGUCGCCGUCGACCAGGAGAACCGCAUCAUCGUGGCCGACUCCCGCAACCACCGGGUCCAGGUGUUCGAGCCCAACGGCAACUUCUUAUGCAAGUUUGGCACUCAGGGUAACGGCUUCGGGCAGAUGGAUCGCCCAUCGGGCAUAGCCGUUACACCUGACGGUGUGAUCGUCGUCGUUGACUUUGGAAACAACCGAAUCCUCAAGUUCUGA